AUGUUCGACCCUCUGAAUUCAACCAGCGCCGUCUUUGCAAACGAUGGCGACACUACCCCGCCAUGGCCCACAACACCACACGAGCCAAAUUCUCCCAUUCCCAAUCUGCGCCGUGCCUCUUCCCCUCUUCCCUCUACCCCCCAAACUCAAAAGUUUGAGUCAGAAGGCCUCUAUGGCAAGGAACCAAAGAUAUACGGUCAACCUGAACCAGGUCUCGUAUCGCCUCGCACUACAGUAGGGUCAAACGGGAAGAAAUUCGAGAAGACGGGCCCGUAUCUCAGGGUAAGAAUCACGGGGCUAGACAGGAAUCGCAGGGACAUUCUCUUCAAGUUUGAUGCUCAGACAAACCUAACAAACUUUACGGGAACGACGUAUCGCAAUGUAUCACGAUCGUACAUCGAAUUCCAGCAAUUCUACGAAUCGCUCAUCGUCAGCUGUCCCCAUACUCUCAUCCCUGCGUUGCCGUUGGCACAGACAUCAGCGCCAACAGACGAAGAAGAUGAUCGUUUGGUUAGAAUUAUGCUGCAGAGAUGGCUCACUAGAAUAUGCGAGGAUCCUAUACUCAUCCAUGACGAGGAUUUGCGCUCUUUUAUUGAAAGUGACUUUGGGUACCAGCCAACCCCGCGUCCUCGGCGCAAGGGUACGUCAGGAUUUGGACUCAUGCGACGAGGUGUGCCAGACGAAGACGAAGAGCUGCAGCGCGCGCGUUUCGAGCUUACGAAGCUUGAGACACAAUUUUUCGACGCUGCAAAGGCUAUCGAUAAGUUGUCGGUAGCGAGAAAAUCACUGGCAGUUUCCCAUUCGGAAAUGGGAAACAAACUUGUCAAUGUUGCUACUACAGAGGCGCACCCACCACUUGGUAAUGCAUUGAGAAAGCUAGGGCGAGCGUGGCACAGUCUCGCGGACCUUGAUCAAGCACAGGCUAUCAGUGAAUGCGUCGUCGUUGGGGACACACUUGGAUAUCAAGGGAUGAAUGCUAGAUCUGCCAAGGAGACGUUGAUGCAGCGUACAGGUGUUCUUGAGGAGUACCAAGCUGCCGUCAAAUCUACUGUCUCUAAACGGAGAAACAUUGAACGUUUAAAGGCAAGUUCUAACAUCAGGCCUGAAAGAGUUGAUGAAGCCCUUGAGGACAUGGAAGAGGCGAAUAAAUACGAGCAAGUUCUCGCCAGACGUGCUGAGAAUAUAUCGCAAAACCUGCAUCGUGCUCUUCAGACGCAUAACAAAUCUGUUAAUGAUGAUGUUACUGCUGCCUUGAUCGAACAUGCACGUUCAUCUAUCAUGUAUGAAAAGCAGCUUCUUCGGGAACUGGAAGCUCUUAAAUCAGAUGUGAAUAACGCCGAUAAAAAGUUGCCUCCUCCCAAAGCUAAUGGUAUACCUAAACCUUCCGUCAUUUUGCCUCUGGAGGACGACCCUAGGCCUCCAGCUCCGAAAACAAGCAUACCUCCUUCGCCUGUUACUAGACAUGUACCCAGCGCUCUUACCUCUGCACCACCAACGGCCAGUACGUUUUCUAAACAACAUGCUCCUUUGCCACCACAAUCUCCUGGUGCUGGAUCUUCUACCUUUGCUGGGUCUCCGCAAAUGACUUUCGCGGUACCCAAAGAAACAGAACCACCCCUGGGAGGUCGUUUCGUAGAUGGCACCAAGUCGAUGUUUAUCACACCCACCCACUCUACCGGCCCUCCACCAACUUCAACCUUAUCUGUCCCGCCAUUAUUGCCCCAAGGGCCUUUGGGAGGUGUUAUCCAAGGAUCAUCGUCCGUUCACCCACUGGGUCGAUCGGUUUCGUCCUCCGCCGAGCCUCCCUUGCGGCCAGCUUCAAUUGAGGCACUUGAUCCCCUUGGACAUACACGUCCGGCCUUCAUGUCGCAGUCCGUUCGCGUGCAGCCGACGCGACCACGAUUGGACGCACGGGAAGCUGCUAGCAAGCUUGCGAACAUGUUCUAAUUAGUUAACUUUUGGGCAACGCCUUAGUUUAGGUUAGUCUGUUGGCAUCUUGGUUAGUAUUUAUGGAUCAAUGAUGCUGCGAGUACGUCUUUGAAGCUUAUAUGCAUGCUUUAUUGGUAGACCUGGAGGAUUGUUUUAACGUUGUUUUGUUAGUGCGAGUCGAGUGGCUUGGGAAUGAAGGCCUCAAUGGAUAUUUUUUGAUAUACUGUUUUGCACUCUUUUUGUUGAAUAAAACUUACCAGAUAUAUCCC